AUGAAAGAGCUGUUGGUUCUCGACCCUCCCUCAGGAGAACACAUUACAAACAUACCAUCGAUUGAGCAAAGUACCCGAUUAUGCGCAUACUAUAAUAAUGAUUAUAGCAAUAGUAGAGGAGAAAAGGAUGAUUUAAUAUGGUUUGUAUUGAUUAGUGAUGAAGAUAAUGACAAUGAAGUUACGAUGGCAGAUCUAUUGACAAUGAUUAGUAAUUGCUUCAUGACAGUACUUGGCACCAAAAUAACAGAGUACAAGGAAAACUAUGGUAAACGAAGAUCACUAUCACAUAGUGCGACCAAGGAAAUGCAUUCCAAAAUGAAAACAAUAUCAUCUACUGUAAUGGCACUAUUUGGUGAAUGUCAGCACAUCAUAUUUCAAUCAUAUGACAUUCUAUCUCAUCCUUUUCACAAAUAUCUCCCUAAAAAGGUGUAUACCGAUCUUUAUGAAAAGGAAACAGAUGAUAUUGUUUCCUUGAUGUUCACUAGUGGCGAUAGAGUUUACCCUAGUGGUACCACUUAUCCCUCCUCCUCCUCUUCCUCCUUGUCAUCGUCAUUGAUUGAUGAAAUAUACCCAAACCAUGAAAAGAUUGCAAUUAAUCUAAAUUUUAUUAAACAAUCACUUACUGAAUUAUUGGAAGAACAUGAUUUUCAAUCAACUGAAUCACAUAUAUUAAUUUAUAAAGAUCAUAAAUUAUUAUUCUAUCAUAGUAAUAAGCAAGAACCACCAUAUUUGGGUAAUUUUGAUUUCUUACAAUUAUCAAUAUAUUGUUAUAUUCAAUUAAGACCAAGAGAAAAUAUUGGGUUUAGUAAAGAAGAAUAUGAAUUGGAAAUGGAAAAGAAAUCAUUUAAUUAUCCUUUUGAUACAAGGUCACAAUACAUGAUCAACCGUAAAAGUUGUGCAUUUGACACUAUCUAUUUUAAAAAUGCGGAUAAUCAACCUAUCCCCAUUCGUACCUAUUGUUGUGAAUUAUUAAAUGACAAUACCGAUACUUUUUUAUUAAUCCUAAAUAACAAAUUGUUUAAAAAAACCAUUCCAGAGGAAUUAGUUUAUUACAAAGAUAUUAGAAACUAUUGUACAGACUUAUUUGGAAAGGGAUUAAAAGAACUUAUUGAAUGGACAGAGUUACCUUUGGAUAAUCGAUUUAUCAAUCUUGGUCAAUACGUAUUACACUAUAUACUGGUGGAUCGAUCUCGUCAUAUAAUGAGAGCACCUGAAAUUAAAGCCACUCUACACUACACUAAAGAUUGUUUAAAGGACAAGAUAUGGAAAAUGUAUAGUGUGUGCAGUGGACUAUUGUACAAACGCCAAACAAGACAAAUAGUAGUGGACGGUAAUUUUACCUACUCUUAUCGUUUAUGGAGCUCACCACUACUAUUGGAAUCAAGUCUUGUACCUCUUCCAUCAUCAUCCAAUGAUUUCAAAUCUCGAUACAUCUAUUCUAAACUACCCAAUAUAACAGCUCAAACUACAAGUACACCUGCCAAAGACCCACACAGUGGACUCGGAUUCAGUGGCAGUAUACAACAACAACAACAACAACGCGAAUCCCCACCCAUAUAUUAUGAAACAUCGAUCGUUUGGACACGGAGAUUUACAAUGCUUUCAUCAAACCAUAUUCCAAUGAUAUUUUGUAGUCAUACAUAUAAUAUACAUAUGUAUUUGUAA